CCCCCACCCCCCACCCCCCCACCCCCUUGUCCCAUAGAUUUCUGAUAGAGACCAGUCAUGUUAACUAGCAGAAAAUGCUAACUUAACCCAUUAAAGGUUAGCUACACGUGACACAAUUCAUCUCGCUCCCAACAAUUAUCUUCAUCUCUGACCGUCCUUUGAUGCUUCAGCGACAAUAACUGGGACGGGUGUGUUUCAGGAUGGCACAGCUCUUGGACGGGUCCGGCAAACUGGGCUGGGUCCUGCUCCGGUCUGUGAUCCGCUUUGUGUUCAUGUUCCUCAACAACUGUGUAGCCAUCCCGUCCUACUGCCUGUAUCUGAUACUCCUGCAGCCGCUGAGAAUAUGGGACAGCUCCACUUUCUGGCACGUUGAAGGAGUCAUGUUCAAGUGGUUGCUGGCCAUGGUGUCUUCAUGGGGUUGGAUUGCAGGUUACACAGUAACAGAAUGGGGUGACGACGUGAGGCCCAUCUCCGAAGAAGAAGCCAUGGUCAUUGUCAACCACCAAUCCACAGGAGACGUGUGCACCCUCAUGAUGUGCUUUCAAGACAAGGGCACGGUGGUAGAAAAAAUGAUGUGGCUGAUGGACCAUGUGUUCAAAUACACCAACUUUGGCCUAGUGUCCCUGAUCCACGGGGACUUCUUCAUCAGACAGGGUAAAGCUCACCGAGACAAGCAGCUGGUCUACCUAAAAGAUCACCUAGACAAAUACUACCACAGUCGCGACAGGAAGUGGAUAGUGCUGUUCCCUGAGGGAGGCUUCCUGCGCAAGCGGCGGGAAACUAGUCAGUUGUUCGCCAAGAAAAACUCUCUCCCCCACCUGAACCACGUCACGUUGCCGCGCCUCGGGGCCACCAAUGUUAUCCUGAAAACCCUGUCGGCCCAGCAGGAAAACGGCAGCGUGGGCAGCGAGACCGGGACCACUAACCAAACAGGUAAUAAACGUAAAGGCCUGCAGUGGGUAAUAGAUGUGACCAUAGCAUACCCAAAGGCAAGACCCAUGGACAUCCAGACCUGGAUCUUUGGCUACAGGCCCCCCACAGUCACACAUGUACAUUACAGGAUGUACCCGAUAAAAGAGGUUCCUGUGGCGCCCGAGGCACUGACUGACUGGCUGUACCACAGGUUCGUGGAGAAGGAGGAGCUGCUGACCCACUUCUACGACACAGGAUCAUUCCCGCCAGAAGACGGACAGAAGGAGGCAGUCCCCCGGCCGAUGCUCCUGGACCCCGUGUGGCUGUGCGUCAUCCAGUCGUUUGCGUUCGCCUCGGGCUUCGUGUGGUACAGCGUCCUCCAGUACCUCUACUGCUGUAUAUUUUGAGUGCGCAGAUGAGGCGAGAGUCUUUAUCAGACCGCUGGGAAAAGCCUCAGGAUCAGUUGGUGUGUGGCUCGGCGUCCUACUCGCCCCUAACGAUGGAUGAAUGUACAUUUACAACAGAGGAGAGACUUUACUGUAACAGGAAACACAAACACACAGAUAACAAAUACCCGUACCAUACCAGACUGGUCACAGGCAUAGCUGAAAUUGCACACACGGCCCUAACACGACACACUCGCUCCAAUAAUCUCUCGCACUCGUCACGACUCACAUUUCGAUGUUUACACGUCCUCAUACACGUAGACGCUCACACGAACAUAACUUUUUAUUCAAAGUCAAAACGAAAACGAGGCUCAGGACUUCUCCACAAGACGCUCUGACUGAACUGUCUCUCUCGUCCCUCUCCCAGGCUUACGCCGCAGUAGUUUUACAGAGUAUAAAGUACGUAUGAAAGCGUGUGUGUGAGUGGUGACUAGAAGCAUAAUGUCUGCCCUUAUUCUUCUUCCUGGUAAGAGUUGAUGAAGCCCUCUGGACCUCUCUCUCAGCCCGCUGACGAGCCGGCUGACCACAACUUUCCAGAGCAAGCCGCUGUAUGAACAUUGAGGCUGCGCAUCCGGCCGCUCCUCUGGCCUUCAUUGCACUAAGGAUCCAUACUGCCCUAACCGCUCCCUAUCCCAGAAAAUACUCCCACGUGUGGUAGCUGUCAAUGUUUUAAUUUAUUUUUGUUUUCUUCCCUUAAUCCGCAUAUCUCCACAAAAAACAGCCAUUGUAUUUUUUUUUGUCUAUUUGUUAUUUUUGUUUUUGUUUUUCUUCUUCCCGUUCCUGCCUGUCUGUCAAGGCAGUAUUCUGAGCUCACUGAGAAAAAGGGGGAUCAUGUUUACACUGGCGGGCCUGCUGAAAGCCUAAAAGGGAUUGGUGGCUAUGAUGCAGAGCGCGGUUAGGGUCGUUUCUGAGUUGGACGUUAAAGGGAGGAAGAGGAGGCCGUGCUGUAGUGCUAAAAAAAAAAAAAAAAAAAAAAGGAGUUGCACGCAGGGCAAGAUUUGCAGUCUGAUCACCUAAAAAAAAAAAAAAAAAAAAAGAAGGAAACUCCUCAUGGAUUCCCUCAUUUUCACCCUCUGCUCUCCAACAUGCAUACACACACACUGACACAAACAAUGUGCACACACAGCCAUGUGCAGCUACACACAGCAGAGUGGACGUCUGUGUGGCAAAGGAUCAUCUCAGCGAGCCAGUCUGAGAAGGCAGAGACUCUUACUCCCACAUUGACUAUAUAGUUUUACAAAUAUUUAAGCCAUAUGCUUAGUGUUGUCGGGGUGGGGAAAAGAAAUGAAGAAAAAAAAAGGUUUUUAUAGAAAGCUACCCUAAGUUCAGCAUUCUAAAAAUAGAGAUUUUGGCUUACAGGACUAUAGGUGUCAUUACUGUAAAUUUACAGCAUAACCUGCCUAAGUGAGUGUGUGUGGUUGUCUUCCCCCCCUCCCCCAUUUUUGAUAUAAACGAUUCACGUGGUGUUGCUCUGUGACGUCAGAGUGCGGCGGCAGUAUUACCACGAGCAGUCAACUUUGAUUUCAUUUUAAAAACUACAUGAACUGUUGUCUUCAUGUCAUGGUAUGUUUAAAUCUUGUACAUAACAAACUGAGGAAGAGUUUUCAUUGUUGGACAUGACUGCAGCGUUUUUCUCUAUUAUUUUAUUUUAUUUUAUUUUAUUUUGGUCUGUGAUAAUUCUGGAGAAUUUUUAAGUUGAAAAUAUCAUGAAUGUUUUUUUUUUUUGUUGUUGUUUUUUUUAAAGAUGAAGACGACGAAAGCAAGGCUUUUCCCCUUCACUUCUCAGUGUUAUCCUGUGUUAUUAAUUUAUUUUAUCUUUUGUUUCAUUGUUGAGUUUCUGAGCAGGACGUCGUUCCGUGUGGACACAUGGGCUCAGUUUAAAAUUUUGACAUUUUAAGAUGAUCAGGAUCUAGUGGGAAACCUCGACUAUCAAGCCUUACCUGAUGUCAUGGUGGACCACAAUCCCCCCCCCCCCCCCAAAAAAAAAAUGCUGUGUCCUUGAACUCUGAUAGAAAACAUUUGGGGUCGUUGGUGGUGAUAAUGUUUGUAUGGCGUAAAACUUUUAGGAAGGGAUCACUCUUCACUUACGAGGGAAACUCUGGCAGGGCCCUAAAACAAUGCCGCUGUUCACUCUCGAAUGUACUCGUGUCGUGGUUUUCAAGUCAUUUAUUUGUAAUUUGCUUCGCCUGCUUGAAUUAGGAAAACGAUAGAGCAGAAGAAAUGAGCAUUGUCAUAAAACCAGUGAAUAAAAGGUGCAUUUGAGUAGUUUUUGUGAAACUGUGUGAAAUGCAAAAAAAAAAAAAAAAGGGCUACCUAACUGGGUAGGUUAAAAACUGUUCCAAUCAGGCUGUAAAUGUGAUUCAUCCUGCGGCCCUUUCAGAUUCCCCUCCAUCGUGAGAGUGACUUAAAAUAAAGCUCCCAUCUUUUUCUUUUUUUUCCUUUUUUUUUUUUUUAUCAUGUUUUAACUUAAUUUUUUCUGACCAUAUUUCCAAAGAAGGCAGGGAAAAAAUGUUUUCCUAGAUGUGGUUUUAGGAAAUAAACACAAUAGGGAUUUAAACAAAUUAUACUAGAACUGUCUGUAAUUUUCCAUUUUGUACUUCUCCUUUAAUUCCUAGCUACACAGCCAUUUUACAGCACAGAAGACUUGUGCUGGAAUAAAACAUCAUAAAGAUCCUAA